GGCCACGCGUGGCAGCCAAGAACAAAUCCGUGAGGCCCGUGGACCAAAGCAAACAAUAUCUUGCUACUGGAGUGGGGUGUUACAUUUGAUAUCAGAGCUCAGCUCACUAGCUGUCCGAUGGUGCAGACGGGGUUGUUGGGCUCCUUAAAGAGGGUGGAUUGUACUGGUUUGGAAAAUUAAGAUAGCAUACAUACAAACAUAAAGACAAGUAGCAGACAUGUUCACAAAACCUUCAGGGCAAGCUACUUUCCAAUUCUAUCUAAGCAAGUUAGGGGUUCUGACAUCCACACACCAACCCGAGGGAGAGUGUUAAAGGAAACAAAUCAUUACUCUACUUGGCAACAAAUUGCAGCAUGAUCUGGUAUAAUGAAGACUUGGAGAGAUUCAAGGAGAACAAUAUGCUGCUGGUGAUCUGCCAUGAUAUUGGGCAUUCAUGAUGUAUAUUUCCUGGUAUAGUUCUAUUCUCUGUAUAAAACCUUUUGUGUUACAAUGAAAUAAUAUAUGCAAAAAACAUAUGCCUUCUCAUCAUCACUAUCUUCUCAUGAUGAGCUCAAGGAUUUCAGGAAAUAUGAAAGCAUCUAGAAAACUCUUCUGCAUGAACUUACUCACAUGGUGUACUCAGAACACAAUGCAAACUUUUAUGCUUUGGAUAAACAGGAACAAAUGUGUAUCCACACACAUGUUUAUGAUUGGGCCGUAACUACCGCUUAAGUUCAACAGAAAUAGCCUUGUCUAAAUUUGCGUGUUUUUCUACCAGCUGAACCAAGAAAAUAAUAGUUUAAUUGGAGUAAAUCAAGGGAGCAUGCCUUGAGUGCUAUCAAUCAUCCAGACCAGUACAGCGAAGACCUCUAUGUUUCAGACAAUAGAAGCUCGGGAGAUUGUGUCAGAUCAGCUGGCUAGUGCCGUGCAUCUUCCUUGGCUGCUGCUUAUCGCCUUUUAUUAAAUGCCUCAUCCAACAGCUCUGGAAUCUCUGAAAUACAUGAAGAACCUGACCCAGAUGAUUCAGUUUUUAACAUGCAUAAUGAACCUGAUUCUGAGGAGAAAAGAAAAUGUAGAUCUUGAAAAUCCACAUAAAACUCAGUGGAAACCUCAGCAUCAGCCUGGUCCUGAUGAACAUUCUUUUAAUCAAGGCAAGAAUGGACCUGAUCCUAGUGAUUUUCAAGUCAAUCACCGUGAGAUGAUGGGCAACCUGAAUGGUGAGGUUCACUCGGGAGAAACCAUUGAUGAACCUGAUCCUGAUGAUUCUCUAGCAACUGAAACCAUUAAAGACCAACCCCGACCAAAUAAAGCUUAUAAAGAACCCGACCCUGAUAAAUCUGAAACAAAUCAAGUUGUUCAGGCUGAGCCUGAUCUAGAUGAUGAUUUAGCAGCGUCACAUGAAGUCUCUAGGAUGCAAAUUGAUGAACCAGAUCCAGAUGAUCAAGAAUUACAGAGAAUCCAAGAUCCUUUUACUGCUGUUUGCAGCCACCUGCAGAAGGCUAUUGCGACACUGAGAGCUGAAUUGAAGGCAACAGAAGCAACCACUUGUUUGCAAGCUCUUUUUAAGAUACUCGG